AUGGAAACAAGUGCUUCAGACGUUGUCGACCAUCCUAUGAAGGAUUUGGAUGCUUCAAAUGGCUUCCACCAGACAAGCAACACAAGCUUAGACGAUAAUGAUGAUACGGCGUCCGAAGACCCUUAUGAGGCGGACGAUGAUCCAGAACCUCAAGACCUUGCCUUUGACCAGAUGAGACGAAGAGGUCUCUUACCAACCGGCUGUUGCUACGAUGAUCGGAUGAAGUUGCAUAUGAACGCUGACUUUUCCCCAAACACACAUCACCCGGAGGAUCCACGUCGUAUCCACGAGAUUUUCAAGGCUUUCAAGAAAGUAGGCCUUGUGUAUACUGGUCCUGAAGCGGAGUUGCCCAGAAUAAUGAGGGAAUGUCCUACGCGAUAUAUGUGGCGCAUACCUGCUCGUGCUGCCACGCGAGAGGAGAUCUGCCUGGCUCAUUCUCCUGAUCAUCUAAGAUGGGUCGAAAAGCUGGACACGAUAAGCGCGGCGGAGCUUCGAGAGCUAACAAGGCGAUAUGAUCAAGGGCGGGAAUCUCUUUACGUCGGUAGUAUGUCGUAUCAGGCCGCUCUUCUGUCCGCCGGAGGCGCCAUAGAAACUUGCAAAAACGUGGUUACUGGCCAAGUCAAGAAUGCAUUCGCUGUAAUCCGGCCACCUGGACAUCACGCCGAGUUCGAUGCUCCAAUGGGCUUCUGCUUCUUCAACAAUGUCCCUGUAGCAGUUAGGGUAUGCCAGCAAGACUACCCAGAAACCUGCCGUAAAGUACUCAUCCUCGAUUGGGACGUUCAUCACGGCAACGGAGUGCAAAACAUCUUCUAUCAAGACCCUAAUGUUCUGUACAUCUCGAUUCACGUCUAUCAGAAUGGCAUUUUCUAUCCUGGAAAACCCCCUAACCCUAUGACUCCUGAUGGUGGCAUAGACAACUGCGGAAGUGACGCUGGCCUUGGGAAAAACAUCAACAUUGGAUGGCAUGACCAAGGUAUGGGAGACGGAGAGUACAUGGCGGCAUUUCAGAAGAUCAUUAUGCCCAUCGCGAAAGAGUUCAAUCCAGAUCUCGUGGUUAUUUCUGCGGGUUUUGAUGCUGCUGAUGGCGAUGAGCUCGGUGGCUGCUUUGUCUCUCCAAGUUGCUAUGCCCAUAUGACACACAUGCUCAUGUCAUUGGCGGAUGGCAAGGUCGCGGUGUGUCUGGAAGGUGGUUACAACCUCAAGGCCAUUUCAGUGUCCGCUGUGGCAGUCGCAAAGACGCUGAUGGGAGAACCACCACCCAAGAUGGAGCUGCCAAAGAUCAAUAAGGAAGCCGCGCGUAUCCUCGCCAAGGUUCAAUCUUAUCAGGCGCCAUAUUGGGAAUGCAUGCGGCCGGGAGUGGUUAACAUCCCUGAGGUUCAAUCUCUUAACUCUAACCGCCUGCAUGAUGUGAUCAGGAAUGCUCAGAGGCAAGUGCUACAAUCGAAGCAUAAUAUGAUACCCCUUUAUAUUCAGCGAGAACAUCUAUACAAAUCAUACGAGAACCAGGUAUUGGUGACACCAGGACUUCAAGAUGCGAAAAAGGUCCUCGUCAUUAUCCAUGAUCCUCCUAAACUUCUUGCGCAGCUAGAUGUGAUAGACACAACGCUUGAUUCGCAUAACGCCUGGGUUGUCGAUGGCGUUACCGAUUACAUUGACUGGGCAGUCGAUCAGAAGUUCGGUGUGAUGGACAUCAAUAUCCCCGCAUAUAUAACACAUGAGGAGGACUCGGAUGCUUAUAUUCCCGGCUUCAAGGAGAAGGACCUCACGGAUCAGAUCCAAACCUUGGUGUGUUACCUAUGGGACAAUUAUCUCCAGCUGUAUAAUGCCGACGACAUUUUCAUUAUGGGCGUGGGGAAUGCCUACCUGGGCGUCAAGGUACUACUCAUUAACAGGGAUUGCAAGUCACGAAUCUCAGGCGUAGUCAACUUUGCAAAUGGCACGCUCCGGCCAGUAAAGUCGGACACUGAUACAGACCUCUCGUCAUGGUAUAAGGAGAACUCGCGUGUCUAUAUCGCGGGAGAUCAUGCGUGCUGGAGUGAUGCUAGUCUAACGAAGAAAGUUCACAAGCGACGCUUCGGAACCGUCGUGCGCAGCCCAAUGUUUGGUCUCAACAAAAUGAUGGCACACCACGCCAAAGAGGCAAGGGAAUGGAUCUUGGAGCGAAUACAGGAGGGAUCUGAUGCAGACAUGACAGAUGAGGAAAAGUAA